AUGGCCUUGAUCUGGAGUCCCCUUGUGGUUCUGGGAUUUUUGUUCACCAUUCUGGUGAUCAUUUUGAUCCCACAGGGGAGGGAUGGCGGGACACUUCGAAGAAUGCCUCAACAUUGUUAUGGCCCUGACAUCUACCAUCUAUUGAAAACACGCAGAGGAGGUAAAGCACAAAAUGGUUUUAUAGAUUUGGAGAUGCUCCCACCAGAGUUGGGAAUAACCAUAUUGUCGUAUCUGAAUGCAACCGAUCUGUGUCUGGCCGGGUGUGUAUGGCAGGACCUAGGCAAUGAUGAAUAUCUGUGGCAGGGGCUCUGCAAGUCCACAUGGGGUCACUGCUCCAUAUACAACAGAAGGCUGCCUGCUGGUUUCUCAUAUAGAAGACUAUAUCUACAACUAGAUGAAGGGAGCCUUACAUUCAACGCAAACCCACAGGAGGGUAUCUCUUAUUUCAUGUCGAAAGGAAUACUCGUAGAUCAUCCCACAGAGCAGGCUAAGUUCAUCUUUUACACUAGACGGCUCAACUGGAAGAUGCUGAGAAUUUACCUGGAUGAGAGGCGUGAUGUUUUGGACGAGCUAGUGACUCUUCACAACUUCAGUAACCAGUUCCUCCCCAAUGCUCUGAGGGAUUUCUUCAGACACAUUCAUGCACCAGAGGAGAGAGGAGAGUAUCUGGAAACACUCAUCACCAAAUUUAGCCACAGGUUUUGUACCUGUAACCCUGGUCUUGUCCGGGAGCUGGGGCUCAGUCCUGAUGCUGUGUAUGUGCUAUGCUACAGUCUCAUCCUGCUGUCCAUUGAUCUGACCAGUCCUCAUGUCAAAAACAAAAUGUCAAAGAGGGAGUUCAUCAGGAACACUCGUAGAGCAGCCCAUAAUGUCUCGGAUGACUUUGUGGGCCAUCUUUAUGACAAUAUAUAUUUAAUUGGCCAUGUGGCUGCAUAGCUCACUUCACCAGCUAUUUAUUAGCAAUUCUCACAAUGCACUGAAGAAUAGGAAUCUGUGUUUUGGUUCUUAUAUAAUAUCUCUGGAAUGUUUGGGAUAUUUUUACAGACUUUACAAACAAAUCAAAUGUACCACUGUACUGUGGGAGAGAUGCUGCCACCAAAAUUAACUGAAUGCUCUGACAUUUUUGUAAUAGAGGAGGAUGGUUUUAAUUAAAACCAUGAAGAUAAGUUUCUACACUGCACUGAUGAAGUAUUACUACUAAGUGGUGGAAGGAUGAACU